GGAAUGAAUGGAAUCAGAUUGACUUUAUCGGUUAUCAAGUUUCAAAUCAGUGUGCUGCUCUCACCGAAGCAAACCUGUUAUGUCCAACAUCACAUCCUGAAUUGGCUUAUUUACGCGAAACUCCACUAACACCAACGCAAUACAUCACUGAUGUUCAAUACAUGGAGAAGAAUGAAUAUGGUGUGGAAACACGUAAAGACGGUCGUCCGAUGCCUGUUGAAUAUUUGCUUGAUGCUAAAGCUGUCGGGCAAUAUAUAGCGGAAUUUUCGAAUAAUCAAUUCAUUGAAUUAGCCACAAAUUUCCAUUUCCUGCUUUUCCUGCUUAAUAAUAAUAUUGUUAAAUUUUCUAAGGAAGAAGUGAAAUCGCUUUGUGAAAUUGUUCAACAACAGGAUCGUGGUAAAGCAAUGGAUUGGGCAUCCAGUAAUGAGAACUGGGCAACUCUUUCCACAAUCUGUUUUCAUGCAGUUGAAGGUUAG